GGCUGCGAGGAGCCGUGCCUUCCACCUUUCCAGCCCCGGCAGGACGGGGGUGGCCGCCGCGGGCCCGGGGCGGGGACAGCACGCAGCCUCGCCGCGCGCACCUCAGCCCGGCAGCGGCCCCGACACCCGGGGCAAGCGGGAAAGAGGCGGCGGCGGCGGCGGGGGAAGGAUGCAGGGAAAGAAGCCGGGCGGCUCGUCGGGCGGCGGCCGGAGCGGCGAGCUGCAGGGGGACGAGGCGCAGAGGAACAAGAAGAAGAAAAAGAAGGUGUCCUGCUUCUCCAACAUCAAGAUCUUCCUCGUGUCCGAGUGCGCCCUGAUGCUGGCGCAGGGCACGGUGGGCGCCUACCUGGUGAGCGUCCUUACCACCCUGGAGCGGAGGUUCAACCUCCAGAGCGCCGACGUGGGCGUGAUCGCCAGCAGCUUCGAGAUCGGGAACCUGGCGCUCAUCCUCUUCGUGAGCUACUUCGGGGCGCGCGGGCACAGGCCGCGCCUCAUCGGCUGCGGAGGCAUCGUCAUGGCCCUGGGCGCGCUGCUGUCGGCGCUGCCCGAAUUCCUGACCCACCAGUACAAGUACGAGGCGGGCGAGAUCCGCUGGGGUGCCGAGGGCCGCGAUGUCUGCGCCGCCAACGGCUCGGGCGGGGACCAGGGGCCCGACCCGGACCUCAUCUGCCGCAGCCGGACCGCCACCAACAUGAUGUACUUGCUGCUCAUUGGGGCCCAGGUGCUCCUGGGCAUCGGUGCUACCCCCGUGCAGCCCCUGGGCGUCUCCUACAUCGACGACCACGUGCGGAGGAAGGACUCCUCGCUCUACAUAGGAAUCUUGUUCACGAUGCUGGUGUUUGGACCAGCCUGUGGAUUUAUCCUGGGCUCUUUCUGUACCAAAAUCUAUGUGGAUGCAGUCUUCAUUGACACAAGUAACCUGGACAUCACCCCGGACGACCCCCGCUGGAUCGGAGCCUGGUGGGGUGGCUUUCUGCUCUGCGGUGCCUUACUCUUCUUUUCUUCCGUCUGGAUGUUUGGGUUUCCACAGUCUCUGCCCCCGCACUCAGACCCCGCCCUGGAGAGCGAACAGGCCAUGCUCCCCGAAAGAGAAUACGAGAGACCCAAGCCCAGCAACGGGGUCCUGAGGCACCCCCUGGAGCCGGACAGCAGUGCCUCCUGCUUCCAGCAGCUGAGAGUGAUCCCGAAGGUCACAAAGCACCUGCUCUCAAACCCUGUGUUUACCUGCAUCAUCCUGGCCGCCUGCAUGGAGAUUGCAGUGGUGGCUGGCUUCGCUGCCUUCUUGGGGAAGUAUCUGGAGCAGCAGUUUAACCUCACCACCUCUUCUGCCAACCAGCUGCUCGGGAUGACUGCGAUCCCAUGUGCCUGUCUGGGCAUCUUCCUGGGCGGUCUCCUGGUGAAGAAACUCAGCCUGUCUGCCCUCGGGGCCAUUCGGAUGGCCAUGCUCGUCAACCUGGUGUCCACCGCUUGUUACGUCUCCUUCCUCUUCCUGGGCUGUGACACGGGCCCUGUGGCUGGGGUUACUGUUCCCUAUGGAAACACCUCAUCACCUGGCUCGGCCCUGGACCCCUACUCGUCCUGCAAUAAAAACUGUGAAUGCCAAACGGAUUCCUUCACUCCAGUGUGUGGAGCAGAUGGCAUCACCUACCUGUCUGCCUGCUUUGCUGGCUGCAACAGCACGAAUCUCACCAGCUGUGCGUGCCUCACGACCGUCCCGCCUGAGAAUGCGACCGUGGUUCCUGGAAAAUGCCCCAGUCCUGGCUGCCAAGAGGCCUUCCUCACCUUCCUGUGUGUGAUGUGUGUCUGCAGCAUGAUUGGGGCAAUGGCUCAGACUCCCUCGGUCAUUAUCCUUAUCAGGACAGUCAGCCCUGAACUCAAAUCCUACGCCCUGGGAGUUCUUUUUCUCCUCCUCCGUUUGCUGGGCUUCAUCCCCCCACCGCUCAUCUUCGGGGCUGGCAUUGACUCCACCUGCCUGUUCUGGAGCACGUUCUGCGGGGAGCAAGGCGCCUGCGUCCUCUACGACAAUGUGGCCUACAGAUACCUGUACGUCAGCAUCGCCAUCGCGCUCAAGUCCUUUGCCUUCCUCCUCUACACCACCACGUGGCAGUGCCUGAGGAAAAACUAUAAACGAUACAUCAAAAACCACGAGGGCGGGCUGAGCACCAGUGAGUUCUUUGCCUCUACUCUGACCCUAGACAAUCUGGGGAGGGACCCUGUGCCCGCAAACCAGACACAUAGGACAAAAUUUAUCUAUAACCUUGAAGAUCAUGAGUGGUGUGAGAACAUGGAAUCGGUUUUAUAGUGACUGAAGGAGGGUUGAACUCUGUAUUAAUCAUCCAAGGGUCAUUUUUUCCUAAAAAAAAAAAAAAAAGAAAAAAGUUUAAAAAAAAAAAAUACACACAGAGACACACACACAUGUACACACAGCACCUUUGUCCUUUUUGUCAAAAUCAGAGCCAGACAGGAUUCAAAAUAAGGAGAGCGUGGGAUCACGUGGUUGACGUGCAACCUCCUGGGGCUCAGAGUCUACUCUUUGAAGGCACCUCAUGGUUUUUCAGGAUGCCGAUGGCUGCAAGCAACAGGCACUGCCAAAUUCAGGGAACAGUGGUGGCCGGCUUGGAGGACGGACCUUUCUGGAUAUAUAUAUACACAUACAAAACAAAAAAUAUAUAUAUAUAUUAAAAAAAAAGAAGUCUACUAAAAAAACCCAACUUGACAACAUUUGCCAGGAUAAGCACUAGUGACACACCCCCAUGCCACCCUCCCCGCCCACACGGGAGCGGAGGGGCACCCAAGUCAGAGGAGUGGAGGCCCGCUUCUCUAACUUUUGCAAUAUGGGUCGCUGUGUAGACGACUCACCCAGUCUACACAUGUGGUUCAAGGCCCCAGAGUUCUCUCAGCGAUGCUAAAGGGUGAUCUGUGCUGGAGACUGUAAUUGACACCUCUCACCAGCUCCAUUUCCAUUUCUCAAGACUGAGGGCCCCAGGGGGAGCCGGACAUGGGGGGCCAGCACCUCCCCUUCCCCGCAGCACCUCCCACUGGGGUGCGUCCCCCAGCCCCGCAGAGUGACCUCAGGAAGCAGUGGGCCUCGCCUGGCUAUGACUGACUUUGCUCAGAGCCGGUGAAACCCGACCUAGUCCAAGUCAUUUGCUUACAUUUGCCAAACAUUUUGCCAUUUUUAAGGAAAAAAAUGCAAUGCAUAUGAAUUUCAAACUGUUGUAUGUAUAAUCCUCUGAUACUAUUUUUAACUACUUCUCAAAUCUGUGUUAACCCUUCAGUCACUAACACAGUUCUCUAGGCCGAAUUUAUUACUCUGGUUGCUUUUACUUUUCUCCUUUUUUAAUGCACCAAAAAUAUAAUGUUAUUCAAGGGAUGCAAUUAAUCUAUUGUAAUUUUUUUUAUCAUUUUAUCCUCAUUUGGAUAGUCUGCGAAAACGAGAAUAUGCAGUGUGUUAUGAGAAGAAAAAAAAAAAAAAAAAAGCUUAAAAAAGAGAGUGUAUAUGCACCCUGCCUUUAAAAGUAUCACAUUUGAAGCAACAGGGGAUAACGUGAUGAAUUGCAAAUUUGCCGUCUCCAUUUAUUCCCCAUGAUUCAGUGAUCACUGUCACGGGAAGCCCUUUCAUAUGCCUGCCUCACAUGCCAAGAGGCGUUCUUUUCAACCUGCAGCGGAGACACGCUCAGCUGUGGGUAUGGGUGCAGGGCUUCUGGGGAGAGGAGAGGGAAAAAAGAACGGUUCCCUAGCACAAGCUUUGAGCAGCAUGUAGUGUCUGGGAUAACAGACCCACAAGCUCCUGGAAGCUACUGCACGUUCACUGCCUGAAAAUGUCUGUCUGUAACGUUUUCAGGGUCAGUCUUGAACUAAGAGGCCUUUGUCUGUGUGUGUUUUGAAAGUGGCUGAACCUCAAACAGCUAGAAGCGAACCUACCAUUGUUUUGGGUAAGAAUCACAGGAAAACCUCUUGCGUCCAGCUGACUUGGCCUGGUGAGGCCGUUUGCAGAAGGGGCAGAGCUUAUGUGAGAGAGAGCACGCGCACAGGCACACACAGGGUCCAGUUCACCCACCUUUCAUGCUAUUGCAGUGACCUUGAUCUAGGCCGCUCCUGGGCCUGGAAAGACCUCCAGGAUGGGUUGGUUGGUUGGCUUUUUCACCUCAGACAGACACGUAUUUUCAGGUCAUCUAGAAGGCGACAAGAGAAUCAAUCAGGAAAGAAAAGAGUGGGGCAGGGGGGAGAGGGGCAUUGUGCUGAAUUUUUAACAAACACUGUAAAUGGGGCAGUUUGAGUUACAGCCCCAAACUAGAGAAAGCCCCACGGAGCAAGGAUGCCCAAAAGAGAAGCUUGUGUCGCGGUGUGGAGUCACCGUGAUCGGCUGCAUCCUCGGGACAGGAUGCUUCCAGAAGAGCUUUCUCCUGUGUUUUGCUUGAGUCUGUCCUUGUUCCUGAAAACAGGGACACUCAUCAAUAUGUUAACUGGUUAAAGGUGGGAUUGUUCUCCAACAAUUCAUAAACUAUGUACACUCUGUGGCUCUCGAGGCUGUGAUUCCAUCCUGUAGAGGUGUUGGGUUGGUUUUGUCUUGAAAAUGUAUUGCUAAUAGAUCACUGCCCUCUUGUAGAUGAUUGUGUAGCUCUCCAAAAUCAGUCCACACCCACUGAGGCUGCAGGACCUCGUGUUUCAUGGGGCUAUUUGUGUUUUCAUUUUUGUUUUUUAAAAAAGAUUUUUGAAAGCUCUUUGCAUUUUGGCUAUUUUUCCUAAGAUUUUAGGUUGAAUGAGAGUAAGAGGUUAGGAUGACAAAGGAAAACAACUCCAGGGCUCAGUUUUAUCAACAACUGGAUCGAAAUUUAAAGUCCCCUCUUGUAAGAUGGCUCUAACAUGUGUUGUUGUCACCUUUAAAAAUUUUAAUUUCUCUCCCAUACUCCAGAACAGAAAACCUAGUCUAGCUUUAAUUUUCCUUUUGUGCUACAAGGAACCGUUGUACAUACCCUUCCCAAUCCAGCCCCUUGAUUAUUUGCUUGGUUUUGAGCAGGAUUUUGAAUGGAAAGAUUUCCUGAGGAGAUCUUCAUUGGACUUAAUGGAAAACAAAAAUGUAAGGGACGGAAUAAACCUAGAAAGUGAA